GAAUUUAUAACCUAUCAAUUUUGUUAUUAUUUACGACAAUUUUAAUUGUUUUAUCUUUUGUAUGAAAUUCAUUUUAUCAGUAAAGAAUAAAUAUGGGUGUGACUGAAUCUGAAAACAUAGGGAAUUUAUAGAUUGUACCAGUUUAUUAAAUGUUCAAACAUUUAGUUACUAGGUACACGUAUUUAAAAAUGGAUUCUCCCUCAAAUGCUAUAUUUGAUAUUAAAACAUUCGCUUUUUUUGAUCUUGAAACAACUGGUUUACCUUUUCAAGAAAAUAAUACAACUAAAAUUACAGAAUUAUGCUUAACAACUGUACAUGCCGAACACAUUCGGCUGGGAGUAUUCCCACGAGUUCAAAAUAAACUAAGCUUAUGUUUUAAUCCAUGGAAACUGAUAUCGGAAGGUUCUGAAAAAUUAACAGGUCUUUCAAAUAGUCUUUUAGAGCAAUCUUCGCGAUUCUCUAAAGAAACUGUAGCUGCAAUUAAUAGUUUUCUUAGCCACAAUCCCCAACCGAUAUGUUUAGUAGCACACAAUGGAAAUCAUUUUGAUUAUCCAUUGUUUAAACGAGAAAUAGAAAAAACAAAUUGUUGUCUAUUGGACAAUAUUUUAUGCGUUGAUUCAUUGCUCGCAUUUCGAGAAAUAGAAAAAAAUCAACGAAACGAGAUUACAAAACAAAAUAUUGAUCAAGUUGAUAGAAGCGUACCAGUUGAAUUUACGCCGAAAUAUGACGAAUUGUUAUUCAGUUGCGAAGCUCAAGCUAAGAAUGAAACAACUCCUCGGAAACAGAUUAUAAGGCAAACUGAUACUUCAACACCUGCAAAAAAAUUGAAACCGAUCGUUCCAAAAAUUUUAAAUUUUAGUGGGGGGUACAAGUUGGGUGACGUAUACUCCAGACUGACAAAAAAGGAACCGAUCGGUGCUCAUCAAGCAGAUGCAGAUGUUCAGAUGUUGAUAAUGUGUGCAGCAACUUUGGGCGAUACUUUUGUAGAUUGGUGUAACCAAAAUGCGAAAAAAUUAUGUGAUAUACCUACUAUGGUACCUGGACGUAAAAUUGGAACAUAGUUUUAUAUUGAUUUUAAACAAAGGGGGGGAUAUUUUAUUUAUAUUUAUAUCUAUAAUAUUAAUGAGGAAUAUAAUGACGUAUAUUAGAA